AUGGCCGAAUACUCCAAGAUGAAGAACGCCGAGCUCGAGGCGCUGCUCAAGGAGCGCAACCUCCCUCACACUGGCAAGAAGGCAGACCUCAUCAAGCGACUCCAAGACCACGAUGCGCAAACUGCCGAUGGCUCUGCACCCAAGAACGACGACGAGAUCGACUGGGACGACGAACCUGCCGCAGCAGCAGCCUCCAAAGCAAGCACAGAUGCCGCCGCCGUCGCAAUCGCAGCCGGUGGUCAAGGACAACCUCCCAACCCACAAGCCGUUCCCAACCAGCAAGCCGACAUCGAUCCUUCGCAGACAGACGACCUCACAGUGAUCAAGCCUGCCGAUGACGCGUCAACAGCCCAACCCGCAGACACCGCAGAUGCCAGCGCACCUUCAGAAGCUCAACCAGAAGAACCCGCUAAGCCUGCCGUCGACUUCACCUCUGGACUCGCCAAGACGACUCUGGACCAAGAGAUUGAGAAGCGCAAGGCGCGCGCAAAGAAGUUCGGCUUGAAUGAGGAUGAGGACGAGGCAUUGAAGGCCUUGGAGCGCGCAAAGCGCUUCGGCAACACCGAGAUGCCCGGCAAGCUCAACGAAGCACUUCCUGAGCGUCGCGAGCGCAAGAGAGGUGCUCCUACCGACGGAGAGCAGCAAGGUGCCAGCAAGAAGCGCGAGAACAACGACAACAACAGCAACAACAGACGCGGUGGUCGCAGAGACGGUAGAAAGGGAGGUGCACAAACUCAAGCAAAGGCACCCGCUCCAGCCGCAGCUGCACCUGCAAAGAAGGAGAAGCCGCAAAUGAGCGAGGCAGACCGGGCAAAGGCUGAGGCUCGCAAGGCAAGAUUCGCAACAUCAUCAUCGUCAUAG